GCCCAAACGGCGCGGCUGGGAUGUGGCCGGGCAGCGUCGCGUUACACGCCUGGGCGUGGCGGGACGCCGGGCCGCGCCCUAUAAAAGACGCGGCCGCGCUUCCCGAAGCACUGACUCGCACCGCAGAGCUCCACACCAGCACCCAGCAGCAGACAUGAAGGUGGCUAUCGUCCUGGCUUGCGCGCUGGCGGUGUGCAGCGCCGGGCUGCUGGCGGGCCCCGCGGCGCUGGUGCGCACGCCCAGCCUCGACUCGGCGGUCAUCCAGUCGGACCGGCUGGGCGGCAACUUCGCGUACAGCGCCGUCGAGGGCCACGCGUACGCCGCCGUCAGCCCCGUGGUGCAGAACGUGGUGCGGCCCGUGGCCGUGUCCUACACGGCGCACCAGGUGCCCGUCGGCCACGCCGUGCUGCCCGCCCACCUCUCCUUCGUGCACUCGCCCGCCGUCAUCCCCGGCUCCGGACUCAUCUUCGCCGGCGCCCCCGUCGCCGCCGCCCCCGCCAGUGACUCCGCCUCCGCGUCCGCCCCCGCACCGGCGGCUCCCGCCCCCAGCAGCGAUGCCGCCGUCUCGUCUGACGACACCGUCUCCGUCGAAGCAGCCUGAGCAGACUGAUGGUUCCUAGACUUCUUCCUUCCUGUCCUACCUUUCGUCUUUCCUAAAGACUCUGCACUGAUGCCACUUCUUUUUAAUAAAUAUCUUUUCUACAA